CUCCUCCUCCUCCUCCUCCUCCUCCUCCGUAGCCAUUUUGGCUCAAGUUCCAUGCUGCUGCGGGCCGAGCCCGCAUUGGCACUCACGGAUACCGCUGGCCCGCGGCGAGCAAGGCCCCUGUGCCUGGCAGUCUUUUGCUUGUGCCUCUUCCGUGGGAGUUGGGCCCCCACACCGCAGUCGCCCGUCGUUCCUUGCACUCUCGGCAUGGCUGAUGACGCUCACGGCGCAGUGGUUCCCUCGUCGUUGGUCGAGCAGUUCGAUCUCGUGGCGACCUUCCCCUCGCAGGAGCUGGGCGCUGGCCGCGGGAAAGGUGGCAAAGGAGCUGUCCCGCCUCCUCGCAAGCGUGCUGCUCAUGACCCUUCUGCUGCAGAAGGGGCCGACGGGACCGACGCCUGGUCUUCCGAUGACUACCUUCGCCAGUUGUGCCGCGACGAGUUCGAUUCCAUGCGGGCCGUUCUCACAUCGGCCGUCUCCGAGUCCAUCAGCGCCACCGUGGCAGAGAACCGCAAUGUGCUGUUGGGGUCCAUCGACAAGCUUCGGGAGCAGGUCUCUGGUCAGUCCGCGGCGAUCGACCAACAGGUGCAGAGUGUGGUGCGUCCCCAGGUGGAUGCCCUUUCUCGCAGGCUCCAGUCGCAGAUUGACGAGCACAAGAAACAGAUCGAUGCAUGUGAACGGCGGCUUGGGGAUCACGACGACCAGCUCUCGGCUAUUCGUGCUGAACUGGCUGAGCUUCGCCGUCAUCUUGCUGUUGCCGAACAGCGCCCUCAGGCUCCCCCGCAGAUCCCCACAGGCUUCGACAGGGGCGCCGACUCCACCCUCCUCAUCGCUGUGGCCCAGCGUGCCACCUCCAUCGAGGCGAUGUCCGCCUGCCUUCAGAGCUUCCUCUUGGACACGGGGUUCGACGCCAGCGAGUACGAAAUCGUUCCCAAGGGCACCCUCCCGUCCAAGCGCUUCGCGGUUCACUUCAAGGGGAUGGUGCAACCAGCAUCGAGAAAGGUCCUGCGUGCCCUCUCAGCCCUCAAGGACGAGAACGGGUGGAAAGCCUUCUUCGCCGACCUCCCUGGCACCUCCGAGCGCGCUCGCGUUCACAUGGGCCCCGACAAGUCGCCGAAGCAGGUCAAGAUGGAAUACGUAUUUAGAAAGUGCCGCGCCGCCUUCGCCACCGAGUACCCGUCGCUGCGCCUCUUCACGGAUCGGGACCGCGGGUUCCUUUCCAUUGGCUGGGACAAGAUUCUCAAGGUCGAGGUGGAGGCUGGGGAUGCUCCUCCUACUUUGCGUUGGGACGUCGCCAAGCUGGAGCGCCACGACAUCUCCAAGGCCCACGCCCUGCAGCUCACCUCUUUCCUCACGGCCUCUGCGGAUGAGCCCGCGUGGUGUCUUUGACGCGCGGUCCCUGUUUUCGUGUUCGCGGUCCUGUUCCUCGGGUUCGACCACUGCCCUGCGAGUGGGUACUUGGAACUGCAGGGCCCUUCUUCAGGCUGCGGGGGCCAAAGCAGCCAUCAAGCGUAACUACCUCUCCAAGCUCGGCCUCGACAAGUCCAUCGUCUCUUUGCAGGAGGUGCACCAAGACGCCCUUCAACUGGAACACUUCGUGCAUCGUGUGUGCCCGCGGUCCACCGUUCUUUCGAGCUUCUGUGGUCCUGAGCCUGCUGACCGUGCGCGCGGUGGUGUCGCAGUUUUGAUCCCUCCUCUCGAGCAUCUACCUGAGGAUCCUGUGCGAGUGGAGUCCCAUCCUCUGGUCCCAGGCCGCGUGCUGAUGGUCGCCCUGCGUGCGACUCGCGCUUGCGUCUACCUCUUCAACGUCCACAAUCACGAGCUGGGGGCCACCGCCGUCACAAAAGUUCGUGAUGCAGUACGUGCUGCUCUCGCUGAAGCUCGAGCCGAGCCGUUGCGAGUCCUGGUGAUUCUGAAUGGGGACUUCAAUAUCUCUGAGGAGUCCGCAAUGUCUCUGCUGGCACCGGUUGCGGCUUCUCGUCGCGGUGGCCGUCGGCACCAUGCAGCCGCGCCUUCCUGGAGGUCCAUCUUCGACGACAUGCUUGAGGUCCAGGGCAGCGAGCCUACCCACUUCGAGCGGGCAGCGGGCAAGGCCAGCAUCUUGGAUCGGGUCUUUCUCUCCUUGCAGGGCUGGCAGGUGUGCCAGAUGAAUCUUACUUCCGCCACUAUGGGGUCUGCGGCGGCGCUCUCGGAUGCGAAAAUCUCUGAUCACACUGCGGUCAUCGUCUCUCUUGCUUCCCGCUCUGCUCGUCGUCCUGCUGCUCGCCCUAUCCCGCGCCGCCUCUGUCGCGAUCCUCGCUUCGUUCGCCGUCUACGUGGAUUGGUGGCCUCUACCUCAUGGGACGGCAUGUCGCCACCUUUCAAGCUAGAGCAUUACAAACAUCUCAUGCGUCUUGCUGUGUCAGAGGUGCGCGACUCGCUCUUUACUGACAAUCCCGACAGUCUCGAUGCUUUGUUGCAGGUGGCGCGAAUGAUCUCGCGCGUGGUCUGGGGGCAAGAUGUCAAAUUGGCCC